UUGGGGGUUUGGGCGGGGGGAGGGGGAGGGUUUUUUUGGUUUUUGUUUUUGCAAAGAGAAAAGCGAAGAAAAGGAAAAAAAAAUAAACCCUAGUACACCGAGAUGGAGAAAAUGUCCCGACCGCUCUCCCUGAACCCCACGUUCAUCCCUCCCACUUACGGCGUGCUCAAGUCCCUGCUGGAGAACCCCCUGAAGCUGCCCCUGCACCCAGAAGACGCAUUUGGUAAAGAAAAAGACAAGAAGAAGCUGGAUGAUGACAACAGUAGCCCUAUGGUCCCCCAGUCUGCUUUCUUGGGGCCCACCUUGUGGGACAAAACCCUACCCUAUGACGGAGAUACUUUCCAGUUGGAAUAUAUGGACUUGGAAGAAUUCUUGUCAGAAAAUGGCAUCCCCCCCAGCCCCUCUCAGCAUGACCACAGCCCCCACCCGCCUGGGCUGCCGCCAGCAACCUCAGCCGCUCCCUCUGUCAUGGACCUCAGCAGCCGGGCCUCCACCUCAGUGCACCCCAGCAUCUCCUCUCAGAACUGCCUGCAGAGCCCCAUCAGACCAGGUCAGAUAUUAUCCACAAACCGCAACACGCCAAGUCCCAUUGACCCUGAGACCAUCCAGGUCCCCGUGGGUUAUGAACCAGACCCAGCUGACUUGGCUCUGUCCAGCAUCCCUGGCCAGGAAAUGUUUGACCCUCGAAAACGCAAGUUCUCAGAGGAGGAGCUCAAGCCACAGCCCAUGAUAAAGAAAGCUCGCAAAGUCUUCAUCCCUGAAGAUCUGAAGGAUGACAAAUACUGGGCAAGGCGUAGAAAGAACAACAUGGCUGCCAAGCGCUCCCGAGACGCCCGGAGGCUGAAGGAGAAUCAGAUUGCCAUCCGGGCAUCAUUCCUGGAGAAAGAGAACUCGGCCCUCCGCCAGGAGGUGGCUGACUUGCGGAAGGAGUUGGGUAAAUGCAAGAACAUACUUGCCAAGUAUGAGGCCAGGCACGGCCCCCUGUAG